AUGACACAACUUUUAUUAAAUAUUUCAUGGCAAAAAUUCAAGAAAACUGUUAAUGAUUUCAAUUUAUUUUCAUCGAUUCCACCUACAAAUGAUCAACAUAAACUUCGAAAUCAACGUAUCUCAACAAGAUUAUUCAUUAUUUUUUUGGCUUUAUCAUUAGCUAUUCUUCUUCUCUAUACUUCGUUAAUCGAUAUUACACAAACUGUUAAUAUUAAAUCACCAACAAAUCAACAAUACUCCAAUCUAUAUUCAACAUAUUCGCAAACAUUAAAAUGUGAUUGUGCACAAAUAUCCAUCAGUUACGACAAGUUUCUUCAUAUCGACUAUACAUUUCAUCAAAUAUGCAACAGUGUUUAUGUUAGUCAAAAUUGGAUUGAUUAUCUUUUCACUAUUAGGCAAUAUGCUAAUUGGUACUCCGAUGAUUUUCGAUGGACAAGCACGUCUACAUUUCAAGCGUUGCGUGCAUUUUGUGACUUAGUUAAUCAAACAAUCGGUAAUCAUUUGUCAGAAUUCUAUUCAAGCCAAUUUGUUAGCGCAUCUGUUGUUCCUACAGAAACAUUUGAACUUCAAGCUGACUCUUUCAUUACUCAAUUGAUAUCAACAAUGGCAAACGACUUCUUUUUAUCACUUUUAACUAUAAGACAAAUGACUCAAAGUGAUGCUAUAUAUUCUGCACAAGAGACAAACUAUGGCCUUAACCGAUAUUCUGUCGGUUCUGCUAAUGGAUAUACAUAUGCAUAUUGGUAUGAUAACGAUACCUGCAGUUGUUCAACUUCAGCGAAGUGUAGUUAUCAAUCUCGAAUGUAUUCUAGUUCUAAGAACGACGUAACAUUCUACAUACCAGGUAUGCAAAUAGGAUGUUAUAUUGUUGAAUCAUUACUUCAAUCUGAUCUUCGAUGUUUUUAUAAUCAAACAUGUAUAACUAAAGUUGAAUCAUAUUUUGAAGGAGCUUCACCAAUGAAUGUCACCUCUCUUGAUCAAGCCUUAUUAAAAACAUUCUCUAUAAACUCAACAGUCGAAGAUAUUCUUAAUAGU